GUCUUCCCGAGUGCUGCGAAACGUCCUGAAAUAUCGCACGAGAGUCUUCGAAGUUUCGAGGGAGACGGCCUCGAUUUUCAAUGGUCUUGGUCGAUCCGACACUUUCCGGCCAAUGCGAGAAACCCUCUUCACAGAAUUUCCAAGCAUUUCUGGCGUGAUUGGUUUAUGCGGUCUUCUUCAAUAGCCUUUACAUGGAUGGCAAUAGCCACAGGAUCAGGAGUUGAAGAUAAAGAUGAUGAGGCAACACUUGCGUACGAACGGGCUUUUUCAAGUACUGGACAAUUCUUUGGUGGAUACGGUCCUUACGGUGGCUACGGUGGAUAUGGUGGUUAUGGUGGAUACGGUGGAUAUGGUGGUUAUGGUGGAUAUGGUGGCUAUGGUGGAUUAGGAGAAGUACGAUAUGACGAAAUGAUGGGAGCACGGCUCGGCGCCGAACUUGGAGAAGACCUUGGUAUGUUGGGUAUGUUUGGGAAGUGA